UCACUGCAUAUCUAGACCUUUUGCAUGAUUUACUACAGCCAUAUGAACCAGUGGCAUGUGGUCCGCUAUGUCCUUGGGUUGUUUUUUACAGAUCGCUUGGAGACUUCUUUCUACCUCAGCCCUGUUUAUGCUCUUGUUCAAUAAGGGUAGUACAGUUUCCUCAAAAAAGUUGUCGACAUCUUUACCGUCGUACAGAGGGUCGGAAGAGUAGAAGUCUACUUUGGCCAGCCUCUCAUAGCUUAGAUCGUCCAAGUUGACGGAGCAGCUCGUAGUGUUGUGGACAGUGUAGGCAAGGUAGAGGGAGUUGUCCCGAAUUCUGUAGGAGGAAGACAU